GCGCCCCGAGCGACUCUUUCACCGGAAGUCACUCGACUCGCCGGAAGUGAGUACCGACAGGCAUGGCGUCCGUGUGCCGUGCGGCGGCUGUUUCCCGGCUCCUGUGGGCGGGUAAUGCCCGGGGCGGCAGGUUAAUUUUUUACACCGUAUCUAGACGUGGGUUUAGAAAAGCACCAAAGAAAAAUGAACCUCGGAAAGUGGAAACAGAGAAUAUGGCUCAGAAAGAUUUACCUUUGAGUGUGAAUCAGACAAGCAAAAGCAGCCUGACCCCAAUGCUGGAAGAGCCUGUACUAUCUAAGUCAGCAUCGUUGUCAUUCAGGCGACUUGUCAAACCCUUUGUGUUUACUGUAGGGUUCACAGGUACCACAUUUGGAGUGGCAGCCAUUUGGCAGUAUGAAACCCUCAAAUCCAGAGUUCAAAGUUACUUCAACGACCUGCGAUUGGAUUGGUUAGAAAAACAUCAACCACCUAAAGCAGGAGACAUCAGGAAGCAGGUAAACCUAUGGUGGAACAGUCUUACUGAGGGGCAACGGACCGUUACAGGGAUUAUAGCAGUCAACGCAUUAGUGUUCUGUUUGUGGAGAAUUCCCUCAAUGCAAUGGACUAUGGUCAGGUACUUCACCUCAAAUCCUGCUUCCAAAACCCUGUGCCUACCAAUGGUCUUGUCAACAUUCAGCCACUACUCAUUCUUUCACAUGGCAGCAAACAUGUACGUGUUAUGGAGUUUCUCCUCCAGCAUCGUAUCACUUCUUGGACAGGAGCAGUUCAUGGCCGUUUACCUGUCAGCAGGGGUUAUUUCUACAUUUACUAGUUAUUUAUAUAAAACAGCCACUGGUCGAUUGGGAGCAUCACUUGGAGCUUCUGGUGCAAUAAUGGCCGUACUUGCUGCAGUCUGCUCCAAAAUGCCUGAAGCAAAGCUGGCCAUCAUCCUACUGCCCAUGUUCACCUUCACAGCCAGCAGUGCUCUGAAAGCAAUUAUUGCCAUGGAUACAGCAGGCCUAAUUCUGCGAUGGAGGUUUUUUGACCAUGCAGCUCACUUAGGUGGUGCACUUUUUGGAAUAUCCUGAAGGUUCACAGUCCAAACUGGUCGAGUUUUCUGCAAGUUCCACAGCAUGACCUUCCCAGAGAAAACAAAAAUCGACUCAGAAAUGAUUUUCAUAACUUAGCAAGCAAAAAUAAACCCAGAAAGGACUUUGAACACAAUCCUUUGGUUAACAUUUACCCGUUACUCUCAUAUACUGAAAAUUGAUCAUUUUUUCCUCUUCUAGUUGGCUGAUGUACGUGUAUUAGGAAUAAUUUUUAUGUCUGGAUUUUUUUUCAGAUGUUAUCAAAGUAGUACAGUUAAUAGAUUACAGGGUGAAUGCUUUUUCUGUUGCAAUUUGGAUUUUCCCAGUCUUGGGUGCAGUUAGGAUGUUGUAAUUGUCUAAGACCCCAUAAGGAGAUGUAGGAAAAGCCAGACAUGAUUCCCAGAUCUUUGCCUUAUCUAGGAACCCCUGAUAAAUACAGGCUCAUAUGUGAAGUGAGAACCAAAUUUGCUUAGAUUCAAUGCUCCAUUCGCAGCAUUUGGCUCACACACAGCCAUUUACAGCAGUUCCAAGGGAGUAUUUGUGUCUCUGGAAUUCAAUGCAGAGAACAGGAUUUAAAAAGAUUCCAAUGUCCAAUGCACAGGAGUCCAAAACCAGUUUAGUAAUAAAGUGAAGGAAUCUUAGAGUGCUGUCUCCUAGGUUUAAGGUUCAUUACUGUAAAGAAAUAUUGUAGUUAACCAAUAGAAUUUAAGAUUGUGAAAUAUACAUCCUGUCUGAUUAAUUUAAACUGCUUACACCAUCAAUAUUACUUCAUGUGCAAGGCUCAAGUCAGGAGUGUGAUGGAAUACUCUCUCCUUGCCUGGAUGAGCGCAGCUUCAACAACAUUGCAGCCCAUUUGAUAGGCAUCCCAUCCAAUAUUCAUUUAGUCCACCACUGACACAAAAGUAGCAGCAGUUUGUACCAUCUACAAGAUUAUGGGCAGGGUAGCAAAAUGGGUGGAGAAUUGGCUGGUUGGCAGGAAGCAAAGGGUGGAAAUAAAAGGAUCUCGUUCUGGUUGGUUACCGGUUACUAGUGGUGUGCCGCAAGGGUCGGUGUUGGGGCCUCUCCUUUUUACUUUGUACAUCAAUGAUUUGGAUGAUGGAAUAAAUGGUUGUGUGGCUAAGUUUGCGGAUGACACCAAGAUAAGUGGAGGAGUAGGGAGCAUAGAGGAAAUAGAAAGAAUGCAGAGGGACCUAGACAGUUUAGGAGAAUGGGCAAGGAAAUGGCAGAUGAGAUUCAAUGUUGAGAAAUGUGCAGUUGUACACUUUGGAAGUAGAAAUAAGCGGGUAGAUUAUUAUCUAGAAGGAGAGAAGAUUGAUAGUGCGGUAGUACAAAGGGACUUGGGGGUACUCGUACAAGAUACCUUAAAAGUUAACCACCAGGUUGGAUCGGUGGUUAAGAAAGCGAAUGCUAUGUUGGCAUUCAUCUCGAGAGGUAUAGUGUAUAAAAGUAAGGACGUGUUGAUGAGGCUCUACGCGGCGCUAGUGAGGCCUCAUUUGGAAUACUGUGUGCAGUUUUGGGCCCCGCAUCUUAGGAAGGAUGUGCUGACGUUGGAGAGGGUUCAGAGGAGAUUUACGAGAAUGAUUCCAGGAAUGAAAGGGCUUAAGUAUGAUGAGCGUUUGUCGGCUCUUGGACUGUACUCGCUGGAGUACAGAAGGAUGAGAGGGGACCUCGUAGCGACAUUUAAAAUGUUGACAGGUAAGGAUAGAGUAGAUGUGGCUAGGCUGUUUCCCUUGGUGGGCGUGUCCAGGACCAGAGGGCACAAUCUUAGAAUUAGAGGGUACAGUUUCAAGACAGAGAUGAGGAGAAGUUUCUUUACCCAGAGGGUGGUGAAAUUGUGGAACUCCUUGCCACGCACAGCAGUGGAGGCCAGAUCAGUGGGGGUAUUCAAGGAGGAGAUAGACAGAUAUCUAAAUAGUCAGGGUAUCAAGGGAUAUGGGGAUAAGGCUGGCAAAUGGGAUUAGAAUAGUUUUUUUUUCUCUCUCUCUUUUUUCCCACCCCAUUUCUUUUUCCCUUUUCCUUGGAGCAGACUCGAUGGGCCGAAUGGCCUGCUUCUGCUCCCUUAUCUUGUGAUCUUGUGAGAUCCACUAUAGCAACUUACCAAGAUUCCUUAGUACCUUCCAACUCCACAACCUUUACCAGCUAAGAAGGCAAAGGAAGCAAAAGUACAGGAACAUCACCAACUGGAAGUUGCUCUCCAAGCUGCACAACAUCCUGAUUUGGAAAUACAUCACCAUUCCUUUACUAUCACUGGGUCAAAAUCCUGGAACUCUCUCCCUUACAGCAUUGUGGGUAUGCCCACAUCAAGGACUGCGGUGGUUCAAGAAAGCAGCUCACCACCACCUUCUCAAGGGCAGUUAGGGAUGGGCAAUUAAAUGCUGGCUCAGCCAGCAAAGUCCACAUCCUUUGAAUGAAUAAUAAAAAAAAAUUCUAAUGUACCUGAGCUCAAGUUUGCCCAAAUUUUGAAAUAUCAACUACGGUAACAUAGUUGAUAAUAGUUGACCUGGAUGCUGUAAUGAAAUUGGCAUCCUGAAAUUACAGAUUUCUCAG